AUGAGUUUUUAUUGGUCUGCCUUAACGCUUGUUACUUUAGGUGAACAGCCUUGGCCAGCAAAUAGCGUUCAAACAGCUUUUGAAAUAAUUGAUACUUUAAUUGGGCUACUUUUAUUUGCAGCAAUUAUUGGGGAUAUUGGGAUUAUGGUAAGUAAUGCCCAUUUAGAAAAAGUUAAAUUUCAAGAAAUAACUGAUGGAUGUAAAAGAUAUAUGAGGAUUAGAAAUGUUAAUACACAAUUAUAUAAUAGAGUAAUUAAUUGGAUUGAAUAUCAGUGGAUUUGGGGAAGAAGAUUAAAUGAAGAUGAAAAGGUGUUUUUAAAUAUUUGGGUGUUGGAAGGUAUUGGGAUAUUGACAGAUAGCAGUCGGGAUUGGGAAAAUAUUCCCAAAUCCCGAUAA